AUGGAUUGCACAGGACAUAAUUCCCCACCAGGGAACCACACUGCAUUAGUGGAAUUCAUCCUGAUUGGGUUUUCUGAUGUUCCCCACAUUCAUGGAUUUCUUUUUGGUGUAUUUCUGAUAAUCUAUGUCUUUAUACUUACGGGAAAUAGCCUCAUUAUCAUAAUAACUAAGGUUGACUCCUCUCUCCACUCUCCCAUGUAUUUUUUCCUUCGGAAUUUUUCAUUUCUGGAAAUUUGUUUUGUAUCAGUUACUGUCCCCAGAUUAUUAACAGAUCUCUGUAGACAAUAUGGAAAUAUUUCCUUUCCAGCUUGUGCAAUUCAAAUGUACUUCUUUCUGAUCCUGGGAGACACUGAGUGCUUUAUUCUCACUGCCAUGGCUUAUGACAGGUAUGUUGCCAUUUGCAACCCAUUACUCUAUCCUGUCAUUAUGAAUGAUACCGUAUGUAUUCAAUUGGCACUUGUCUGCUGGACCACUGCAAUUCCUGUACAUAUAGGGUUCAUCUCUGUGGUGUUCACUUCAACUUUCUGUGGAUGUAACCAUUUGAAUCACUUUUUCUGUGAUGCACCUCCAGUUGUUCAACUUAUUUGUGGGGAUGCUUUCAUGGUGGAAGUGUUGCUGUAUGGGCUGGCUGCAUUGAUCACCAGUAUACCUUCUUUCCUGAUUCUUAGAUCUUAUAUGAAAAUAGUCUCCGCCAUCCUGAAGCUGCCAUCAGCAAUUGGCAGAGCCAAGGCCUUCUCGACUUGUUGUUCCCAUCUCAUGGUUGUGACUUUAUUCUUUGGCUCAGCCAUCAUUGUGUAUUUGAGAUCUAUGACCAACCACUUAACAGGAAUGGACAAAUUCCUCUCUCUUUUUUAUACUAUCUUCAUACCAAUGUUAAACCCCAUUAUUUAUUGUCUGAGAAACAAAGAUGUUAUGGUGGCCUUGGAGAAAUUCCUACAGAAAUCGAUUGUGUUGUGA